AUGGUGAGGAGUAUGUCAUUCUAUAAAACUGUUUCAGCUGUCAAUGGGCCUCUUGUCAUUGUAGAAAAUGUUAAGUUCCCUAAAUUUAGUGAGAUAGUGAAGUUGACGUUGAAUAACGGGGAUGUCCGGCACGGUCAGGUCCUCGAGAUAGUUGGAUCGAAGGCUGUCGUCCAGGUAUUUGAGGGUACAAUAGGGAUUGAUGUGAAGAACACAUCCAUCGAGUUCAGUGGGGACAUUAUGAGGAUGGGUGUCUCGGUUGAUAUGUUGGGUCGUACUUUCAAUGGCUCAGGGCAGCCAAUAGACAAAGGUCCCAACAUUGUCGCUGAAGAUUAUUUGGACAUCAUUGGUCAGCCCAUCAACCCUGUAUCAAGGAUAUACCCCCGUGAGAUGAUACAAACGGGCAUCUCGGCUAUCGACUGCAUGAACACCAUCGCCAAGGGACAGAAGAUCCCAAUUUUCUCCGCUACUGGCCUGCCACAUAAUGAAAUAGCAGCUCAGAUUUGCUCUCAAAGUGGCCUGGUAUCAAAAAAACCUAAAGGGAAUGUGGUAGAUGGUCAGAGCAAGUACGCCAUCGUCUUUGCCGCUAUGGGGAUUGAUAUGGGAACAGCUCAGUUCUUCAAAGAUCAUUUUGAAGAAAGUGGUUCGUUAUCAAACACGUGCAUCUUCAUGAACAUGGCAAGUGAUCCAACGAUAGAACGCAUCAUAACGCCUCGCCUCGCCCUGACCAUGGCAGAGUACCUGGCCUACCAAUGUGACAUGGAUGUUCUCGUCAUCAUGACUGAUAUGACGUCAUACGCCGACGCUUUGAGGGAGAUUUCAGCGGCAAGAGAGGAGGUAGCAGGAAGACGCGGAUACCCAAGCAGCAUGUACUCCGACCUAGCCACCCUCUACGAGAGGGCUGGCAUGGUCCAGGGUAGGAAUGGAUCUGUCACUCAGAUCCCCAUCAUCACCAUGCCUAACGAUGACAUCACUCACCCAAUUGCUGACCUGAGUGGCUACAUAACUGAAGGGCAGAUAUACGUUGAUAGGACACUGCAUAACCAUCAGAUCUACCCACCAAUAAACGUCCUGCCUUCCUUAUCACGCCUCAUGAAGUCAGCGGUGGGGGCCAACAUGACAAGGGAGGACCAUGCCGACGUUUCAAAUCAAUUGGUGUACGCCUUGUAUGCCAUGGCGAAGGACAUCCAAGCCAUGAAGGGGGUCAUGGGGGAGGAGGUGCUCAGUUCGGAAGACCUCCUCUACCUCCAGUUUCUCGAUCAGUUUGAGAAGAAGUUCCUUGCACAGGCCUGCACAGAAAACCGAUCGAUAUUUGAAACCCUGGACCUGGCCUGGAGGCUGUUCAGAAUCUUCCCGAAGGAGAUGUUGAAGAGGAUCCCGCAGGACAUCAUCCAGAAAUAUUAUCCCAGGGCCAAGAAACUCUAA